AUGGGGAGUCCAAAGAAGGACGAGAACAAAGGCUUCUUCGCCGCCAUGACUUCCGGCUUCUCCAUGUUCGGCAGCGCCAUGUCGAGAUCCGUCAACGGGUUGCUAAGUUAUGAAGGAGUUGAGGUCAUAAAUCCAGAAGGUGGCAAGGAAGAUGCAGAAGAGGAAGCUCAGAGAGGAAGGUGGAAGGACGAGGAACGAGAUAGUUACUGGAAGAUGAUGCAGAAAUAUAUAGGUUCGGAUAUUACGUCAAUGGUGACUCUUCCCGUUGUUAUAUUUGAGCCAAUGACUAUGCUCCAGAAGAUGGCUGAGUUAAUGGAAUAUUCCCACUUGUUGGAUCAAGCAGAUGAAUGCGAGGAUCCAUACAUGCGUUUAGUAUAUGCUUCAUCAUGGGCUAUAUCUGUUUACUUUGCCUACCAACGAACUUGGAAGCCAUUCAAUCCUAUUCUUGGUGAGACGUAUGAGAUGGCCAACCAUGGUGGCAUUUCAUUUCUCUCUGAGCAGGUUAGCCAUCAUCCCCCAAUGAGUGCUGGUCACGCCGAAAACGAGCACUUCACUUACGACAUCACCUCAAAGUUGAAAACUAAGCUUUUGGGUAACUCUGUUGAUGUUUACCCUGUUGGGAGAACACGUGUAACCCUCAAAAAGGAUGGUGUGGUUCUGGAUUUGGUGCCGCCUCCCACUAAGAUUCACAACCUAAUCUUUGGACGAACGUGGGUUGACUCCCCAGGGGAAAUGGUCAUGACAAAUUUAACCACCGGAGACAAAGUUGUACUUUAUUUCCAGCCAUGUGGUUGGUUCGGCUCUGGUCGCUACGAAGUGGAUGGAUACGUUUACAGCGCAGACGAAGAACCUAAAAUCAUGAUGACAGGAAAAUGGAAUGAAAAACUAAGCUACCAACCUUGUGAUGCCGAAGGAGAACCCCUUCCAGGCACAGAGCUUAAAGAGGUGUGGCAUCUGGCUGAUGUGCCCAAAAACGACAAAUUUGAGUACACACACUUUGCUCACAAGAUAAACAGCUUCGACACAGCUCCUGCUAAGCUCUUGGCUUCAGACUCACGUCUCCGUCCUGAUAGAUAUGCCCUUGAGCAGGGUGACCUUUCUAAAGCUGGUGCCGAGAAGCACAGUCUUGAGGAGAGACAAAGGGCAGAAAAGAGGACCCGAGAGACAAAGGGCCAGAAGUUCACUCCGAGAUGGUUCGAUCUAACGGAUGAGAUCACAUCUACGCCAUGGGGAGAUAUUGAAAUAUACCAAUUCAACGGAAAGUACAUUGAACAACGAGAUGCAGCAGCGAGCUCGAGCAGUGCCUCCGAUGAAGCAGCGGACCUCAAAUCGAUCGAGUUUAAUCCUUGGCAAUAUGGUAAUGUAUCAACCGAAUAA